AUGCGCCUCAACGCUCACGGCACAGCCUUACACCACUGUCACUGUGCUGCCAACCAACGCGGCUGGCUCUUCCAUCCCCGCAACACCACGCCUGCGCGCGACGUUUGCACCCAAGCGGACCGCCGAGGUCGCAAGGGCCCCUCCAAGCACCCGCAGCAGCAACGCGACCCUGGAGACCAGAAUCUGGGAUCCAGAGGUACGGCAUUCGGUGGAGACACCUGGCCUCGGAGGCGCGAUGGCAGCAGCAGUAGCAGCAGUAGCAGAGACAGGGAAAAUCAGCGGGCCCGGGAGCUGCAGGGCGCUGCCCGCCGUGCCUCAGCGCGAGCUCGCGACGUGGGUGCAGCUGCCGGGAAACAUAGGGCCCUCCAGGCAGCCCGUUUGGGCGGCGAGGCUGCGGCUGCGACUGGCGGCCGUCUUGAUGGUGGUCAUGGUGAUGGUGAUGGUGAUGGUGAUGGUGAUGGCGAGGAGGAUGAGCUCUGGCCAAGUAGAGAGGCUGUAGUAGGACCCCCUGCCGUACCUGCUACUGCUGUACCUGCUACCGGUGCCGUGACUGCUAGUGCCACUGCCAUCACGGGGACCUCCGUAAACCUGAUUCAGGCGCUCCGGGCCGCCCAGGCCGCCGACCGGCAGCUCCGAACGCUGUCCGGCGGCGGCGGGCUGCUGGGGCCGGUGGGGGUUGUGGGGCAGCCGGUGGGGGGUUUGAAAGGCCUGGGGAAAGUGGGGAAAGGAGGAGGAGGCGAGGAGGUCGGAGAUGACGACGACCUGGUGCCGUACGUCGACGUGGCACUAAAGGAGGAAUGGACGGAGAGGGCUGGGGACAUCGUACUGGUGUCACCCAAGAACAGGCCCAGUGAGGCCUCCAUGGAGGGUGUCGUACUGGAUUUCAGUGGCCGCUGGAUACGCGUGGCGCUGCCAGCUGACCUGGCGCAUGGCGUGCAGCAAAUGGCGGCGACGCCGCCGCCGUGGCUCCGUGGCAAGACUGGUCGUGAGCGGCUGACGGCGGCGCGGCGGGUCGUGGCAGCAGCAGCGGCGGCGGCGGCGGCGGCAGAGCCGACAUCGCUGCCUUCUCCGUCUGGUGCCGUCGCCAACACGCCUCACGACGACGGCGACAGCGGCGGCAUCAGGGCCGGUCUGCAGCGGCAACAGCAGCGGCGGCGGCAGCUGCGCGGCGCGGCUGCUGCGGGUCUCAACCCCAGCCAGGCUCGCGCGAUUGAAACGGCGCUGGGCCGCAGCUUGACCUUGUGGCAAGGGCCCCCAGGUACCGGCAAAACCGCCACUCUGCUUCACUUCAUCCGCGCCGCCCUCACCGCCCUACCCCCGGGGUCAGGUCCGCUGCUGGCCACCGCCGCCUCCAAUGUAGCUGUGGAUAACCUGGUUUCGGGGCUAAGGGCUCUGGACCCUUCACUGGAUGUCGUACGUGUGGGCCAGCCAGUUAAAGUGGCUCCAGAGCUACGGGGCGUUAGCCUGGAGGCCCGUAUCGCGGGCACCUCUGCGGGCCAGAGGGCCGCCCGGCUGCGGCGCCAGGCCCAGGGGCUGCGGGGCUCGGAGGCCUGGAACUACAUCUCCCAGGCAGGGACCAGCCGGGGUUGCGCCAACUUGAAGUUGGAAGAAGUCAGCCGCCUCCGGGACCAUCUUUGGGGGGGGCCUAAGGCUUGUAGCUUCCCGGUGGUAGUGCUUGAGGAGGCAACCCAGGCCACGGAGCCGCACUCCCUGGUGCCUCUGCUGAGCCAGGUGCCGGUGUGUUUCAUCCCUGUGCUGGGUCGCGAGACGCGAACAAAUGCGGUCAUUGACCCACGGGUCGCACCUGCAACCGCCGCUGCUGGAGGCGCGGCCGGCGGUAACAGCCAGAGCAGCGGUGGAUAUUCCUACCAGAACGAUGAUGAGGCGGCUGCGGUGGCAGAGGUGGUGGCGGCGCUGCUGACCCCUGGGUCGGCGUCGUGCUUGGAGGGGCCGGGCGACAUUGGGAUUGUGACGCCGUACAACGGCCAGGUCCGUCGCCUGCAGCAGCUACUGACCCACGGGUCACAUCUUUCCCGCAGACCCGGACUUGGUCUGGGUUCACGGCCCGGGGCCUUCUUGCGCACCGCCACUGCCACCACUGGCGAGGGCGAGGGCGAGGGCGGGUCGGAGGGGACUGUGCUGGAAAUCAAAUCGGUGGAUGGAUUCCAGAAGUCAUUCGCGUGCCUUCCUUACAACCGCCGACUGGGGCGUGAGAAGGAGGUAAUCGUCUUCAGUGCUGUGAGGUCCAACACCGAGGGCCGUCUGGGCUUCCUCAGCGACUACCGCCGACUCAAUGUCGCCAUCACCCGCGCCCGCCGCGGCCUGGUCGUACUGGGUAACCCAAACACACUCGCACGUGACCGAUUGUGGGCCCGAUGGCUAAGCUGCUGCUACGGCGACCGCUGCGGCGGCGACGGCUGGGCGCCGUGGUGGGGUUGGUGCCAGGAGUGGCUCGGAUCGCCGGCGGUCGGCCGGGGCGGUGACGGGGGAAGUGCGUGCAGGGGGGCUUUCCUGGAAGCACAAAUCGCGACUGUCGAUGCGGCGCCGCAUUUUCAAAUUGUGAAGCAGGUGCUGGCUGAUGCGUGCGUGCGUGGCGGCGUGUGCGUUAUGUGCUACUUCACAGCAAGGCGAAGAGGCAGAUUGUUGUUGGGCCUGAACCCAGGCGAGCACUAG